GAUCGCUCAUCGGACGACGAAGCAUGCACCUGCCCGUGGCCGUGUGGAGCCAUUGCGCGCUGCGGGACCUCGCGCUGCGCGUGACGACGACCUGUGUCUCUCUAGGCGACGACUGCGCGCCGACCGCCCUGGUCUGCGGCACGACAACCGGCGUGCUCCUCCUUUUCCGGGCGAAUGCGGGGACAUCGACGACGUGGCGCCUCGCCGCGCUCCUGCUUCGACACGAGGCGCCGAUCGCCGGCCUCGUUAUGGGCACCAACGAGUGGGGCCAAGCCAUUUGCGCCAGCGUCGACGUAAGUGGGGCCGUGGGCCUAUGGCAGCUCUCGGAUGGCCGCUGCCUCGCGUGGCUACAGGCCGCGGCGACCGACAUUGCGCCCGUGCUCGGAAUGCAGAUGCUCUCGAACGACCGCUACAUGCUCGUGUAUGGUGAGCAAGGGCGCAUGGUGUUGCUCGACGCAUGGAAGACUAUCGUGCUGGCAUCGCCCGGCACGAGCAUGCACCAAGCGCGCAUUGACGUAGCCGUGGCGCCAUGCCGCAAGACGUCGCAAAUGGCCUACGACGCCGUCCUUCUCUCGCUGGGCAUGGAAGGCUUGACGAGCUGCUUUGGCUGGACGCAGCCCAUCAUCACGUCGUCGUCUGCAUCCGACCCGAGCCCGACCUUUGUGUGGACCCAAGCUGCGUCCUGGGUCCUCGCGUGGUCGAGCGAAGCGUCCGACAUUACGUGCAUCGAGACGUCGAUCCAUCCCGCGACCAACUGGCUGCACGUCGACCUCUUCCCGCUCCACGCGAGACUGAGCCCGAACGGCCGACUCGUGCUCUUCAUUUGGUCCAACCGUUGGGCCAUCCUCGAGCGUGCGUGGCUCUUCCACAGCGUGGAGGACGAGACAGCGACGCUGCCAACCUGUUUUCAAGCAAGCGACAACGUCCAGUGGGUCGAUGGCACGUUCGCCGACGACGAGCAUGUGCUUUUACGCCGACAUGAAUGUCGAUUCGCCCCGGACGCUAAUGGCAACGCCACGACCUUGUACCUGUUUACCGCACCCGCCACCGACGUCGAGAAGCCAACGUCGACGGCCCGUCCGCUUCGAACGACGGCGUUGCCCGACGCGCCACUGUGCAAAGUGCCCGCUUCCAACGCAAUGAUCACGUACGUCUGUCCCUUUGGCUGCACGUGGCGGUACUCGGCUGCGACGUCAUCGGUGCCGACGCCAUUGCCGACGCCGACCUCGUCACCGCCGCGCGUGUCCCACAUGGUCAUGGGCAAGAAGCCCGCACCUGGUGCGUCGGCGCAAGCCUCGCUGCUGUGGAACACGCCUCUCCUUAUUCACGGGUUCGACGACGGACACAUCACGCUCAGUCCGCUUGUCGGCGUGCCGCCCAUCACGCUCGACUGUCUCAGCAGCGCGAUCACAAGCAUCGGCCACGUGAUUGUUAAUGCGGUCGAGUCGCAUGCAGCCACUGCACCGCUGUAUGAGGGCUACGCCGACAGCCCGACGUCGUCGGUUCGAUACCCGUCGACCGAAAAGCUGCAGCGGAUCUCGCUGCUGCUGCACAAGCUCCAGCACUCGCAUCUCUCGACGCCAAAGGCGGCAUUGCUGUCGCCACCGAAGUCGUCGCCGCCAUCGGCCGAGAGCUUGUCCGCGACGCCCAUGGUCGUGCUGCUCUUCACGGGCAGUCGCGAUGGCAGUGUGGGCGUCUCCCAGAUCCGCCUGCGCCUCGACGCCGGUGCCGUCGUGCCAUCGGCGACGCUCCUCCACACGUUUCAUCGGCACCGCAAGGCGGUGCGAGCCAUUCACGUGAGCGGUCCGAGCCCGCUCGGGCACCUCGUCGCUUGUGUGGGCGACGACCAUGCGGUGAGCGUCUACACGGUGCGCAUGGACACGACCGCACUCGACGUGGGUUUUUUCAUGGACUGCGUCGGGCAAGGCGGCUGCGUCGUUGACGUUCGCUGGGACUUUCGCACGCAACACGUGCUUCUCGAGUGCGAUGACGCGCUCUUGUACAUUUGGAGUCUCCGCACGGGCGUCCUCGAACGCAUUGUGCCAUCGGCCAUGGUGCCUGCGUCAACGCUCCCAGAGGAGACGCGAGAUCCCGUCACGAUCGCGUCCCCGCUGUCGGCACCGAUGGUCCACGUCAUGACGUUUGAGCUGCGGACGACGGUCGAGCGACUGCAGCGACUCUGGGCGUCACCAUCCGCUUCGUCGACGGGAACGGCUCUGGACGCGACGUUCUUGUCGUUUGCGCUCUCCUGGGGACUCGACGCCCGCAUUGACGCCCUCGUGGAGCGUUGCCUCUAUGUGCAUGCGCCGUCACUGGCCUACUCGAUGGCAAUCACAGGCGCGGCGAAAGCGCUGACGGUGCCGCUGCCGAGCUCUUCAGCGCCGCACACGACCAAGUGGCAGCAUUCAUCCUUUGUCUCGGCCGAGAUCGCCCUGGCGUUGGUGACGAUGUGUACGAGCUUUAUGGACGAGAAGCGAAAAGACGAUGAACUGUCGGAGCAACUGCAAGUGCUCUGGAGCCAGCUCAUCACGCAGCACAUGGUCUGCCUCCCCGAACAAGUGGAUGCGUACGUUGAGCCAUCGCUGGACGUGCUCGCCUCGUACGGCUUUCACGAGUGGGAAGCACUGCAGAUGGCGUCGCGGCUUCUUUACACGCGACUGCCACCGACGACGCGCAGUACGACCGCGGCCGAGUACAUGACACGGUACCACUGCGAAGUCCAGCAGCUCGAGAAGGACCUUGGGGGUCUCAAGCAAGUACCAGCGCCCCGCAUCGUAUCGCGACUCGGAUCGAUGCUCGUGCUGCUCAGCGUCAUGGGCACGUGCUUUCCCGGCGAACUCUCGCCCGCGAGCGCGCGCCAAGUGUGCGACGUCCUUGUGUCGCUGCUCCAAGGCCCACCGGCGACCGCCUGCGUCGCGGCCGAGCUCCUCGCCAAGGGCCUCCUCCUCUUCCGCCCACACCUUGUCGACCUCGCCCAGCUCGUGGUGCAGCUCAUUCCGUUGACGCUGGACCCCUCCGACGACGAUCGGAAGCGGCUCAAGCAGGCCGCGAUGCGUCUCCUCGUCGAACUUGGGACGUGCGAGGCCGCCUCCGUCUUGGUUGUGCUCCAACAAGAGAUGAGCACGAGUGAUCGAAGCUAUGCGUACCGCGAAGGCGUCCUCGUCUACCUUAUGACGUGGGUGAAUCUCCAGUACCUUCUCAUGGCGCGGCACCUCCCCGCGGUCAUCGAGACCAUCUUGUGCUGCCUUGACCCGACCAAGCCCGAUCGCCGGAAGAAGUGUCUGGCCAUGAGCACCAAGUGCCUCCACGACCUCGUCAAGCGAUUUCCAAUGGUCGACUUUCACAAGACAACGCAGCGACUCGCCAUCGGCACCAUGGAAGGCGUCGUCUUGCUCUACGACCUCCGCACGGCGACAAAGUGGCGUGUGCUGGACGGCCACACGACCGCGCUCUCGGCCGUGCUCUUCCGCAAGGACGGCGCCAUGCUGGUGUCGUAUGCGGCGAGGGAGGCGAGCGUGCGCUGGUGGAACGUGACGGCCGGCGGGCUUCUCUCGCUCCUCAAAGUGCAGCAGUCGUGCGUCCGUCAACUGCAGCUGGCGCCGCUCACGCAGCACCUCCAGCGACCCGCCGAGUUGCACAAGGUGAUCCAGAGCUGCCGCUUCCGAUUGGCGCCCGACGACGUCAACGUCUGGCUCACGCGCGAAGACGAGUCGCUCUUGCCACUCAAUUUUCACAUUUAAUACGUCUCGGUGGUGCGACCAAUAAGACCCUGCGCUCGCCCAGGGGCGUCCGGCGAGCUGG